CCCUGCUUUUAUUUUUCUUUCCAGACGGCCGCAGUUGAGCACAAAAACAAAGUAAAAGGCAGCCGAGCUGCGAGUCAACAUCUGCGCUAACGUGCUCGUCUGAAGUGGAGCAACUGAAGACUUAUACCUGAAGACAUUUCAUCUGUUUGAUUUAUUUUUCCAUUGUUGAAAAAAGGGAAGGGCUGUGCCAAGAAAAAAAAUAAGUUAUGCGUCAGUGAGUGCGCACUUUACGCACAGGGCGCACCGUCAAACUGUGACAUGUUGGAUCAGCUCGCCUUUAUUGUUGUUCACGUGUCAGCCUUUAUUUGCUGUGUCGCCGUCAGCUCUGUACUGUAACCAUGUGUCGUGGCUAAAAACUUUAAAACGCACAGAGAAAAAAAAAAACCGAGGUGAAGCUGAGACGGUAUGGGGGCCAAGCAGAGCAGCCCAGCGUUUGAUGGCAGAACUCGGGCUUAUUCCAGCUCCGACCUGCCAUCUGGAAACGCCAGCGGAGGAGAACGGAUCGCCGGGUUCAGGUACACCAAUGGACCGGAUGGCCCCCGGAUCCGUUACACCGGUGGAGGGCCAACCAGCUCUGGGCUUAGUAUACCGGCCGGCGGCAGGUCGGGGUCACACGUACUCAAUCAGAGCCUCGAUGGCACGGACGGUGACGAGGGGGGCGAGCUGCCUCCGGAGGGACACAGGCUGCUUAUAGGUUCCCUACCUGCUCACCUGUCCCCUCACCUGCUGGGAGGCUUCCACUGUCCUGUCUGUUCCAAGUUUAUGGUAUCAGAUGAAAUAGAGAAGCACCUGCUGAUGUGUUUCAGCAAAACGCGCCUCACCUACAACAAGGACAUCCUGUCCAGAGACUCUGGGGAAUGUGCCAUCUGUUUAGAAGAGCUGGAGCAGGGAGACACCAUUGCCAGGCUGCCCUGCCUCUGUAUCUACCAUAAAGGGUGUAUAGACGAGUGGUUUGAGGUGAAUCGCUCAUGUCCGGAGCAUCCCGCCGACUAGGAGCUGCAGGAGUACAGUUUCAGUCUACUGUACAUCAGUGUGGUCGACUGUGUGCCCUGAUCUCAUCCCAACACUGUCUGGUCCGGACGAGUCCCAGCGCUCCUCAGGGAUUGUAAGACAUUAAUGUGCACAGGAUUUUUCAUAUUGCCUCAUGGAAGAAAGACAGAUUUCAGAUAUGUUCCUCUAGACGCCGUUGGAUGUUCAAAGAACCACUGGUGGAGUCACUGCGUCUCCAGAAAAUAUGUGAAUGUUCUUUAUGCCACCUGCUGGCCUUAUGUGGCUUCAUGCAACCUGUGAUCUGAUGGGAACUGUUAAGCUGAACAGGGUGUGGUUUUAUAGCAGAGGACUUGUAUAACAAACAUAGUGGAACGUCUCUUUCCAGCAGAGGUUUAGAUAAAGAGACUGUUCAGACUUGAUCGGAAGGCUGAAGGCUGAUGUUGUGCAAUGUGAAAAAACAGCCAUUCAGAAUUAUGAAUGCCUUUUUUCAGCUUUAAGGGAUGAUUACAGUGUUGAUGGUAGUUACGGAAUAGAUCCGAAUUUUAUUGUGAAAUUUGUGAAAUCAAUUUUGUUAAACAAUCGUGUCAUAGACCAAAUAGUCUAACGUGAAAUAGUUGGACUUUGUUAAUCACUUGUCCAUUGAGAACCACAGUAAUGUGAUUGUGUAGUUUUGUGGUGAAGUUAAAGAUAAACAUAUCUAAUAAUGAGUCAUACUCUAAGGAGUGCCAUAAUAUGCUGCUAUGUCAUAGACUGGAAAGUUUUUCUAUAACCUUUGAACCAUGUCCAUUGUCCUUUCUACUUGUACUGUAAUGAAUUGCACAACAAUAAAUGUCUUGUCUUUGUGUCCCA